GUUGUUCUCUUGCAGCUCUAAGACUGCGCUACAUGGUCAAAUCAACAGUACAGUCACCUGUUCCCUCUAUCUCUGCUCCCCCGCCAGCCAAACGCCAGAAGAUGGAGGACGAUCCGCCCAGGAGACCUGGCGGCGCAAGCACGUCUACUGCGCCGAAAAAGCCUCGGACAAGAGUCAGCUACUCGUGUGGCGAAUGUCAUAGGCGCAAGCAGAAGUGCGACAGGCAGAUACCAUGCUCGCACUGCCUCGCACGUAAGGUGCCCGAACUAUGCAAGGCGUAUACCCCUGGCAAGUCCGACCAGGACCUCCAUGCAAGGGUGGCGCGACUCGAAAACAUCGUUGAAAUGGCAUUCCCUCAUUUGGCCAUGUCCUCAGAGACAAGUACGACUCCGGCGACACCUAUUGAACAGACCAGUGGCAUGGAUCACUACAGUUCAACCUCUAUGGGCGCCGAGGAUGACUCCCAAUCACAAAACGAGGAGCAGGAUGCUGCUGGUGGUACAUUUCAGAGUGGCCAGUGGUACGGGGAGAGCGUCUCUGGAAGCGUUGCUCCCGCAUCUGUUCUCGAGCAGCUUCAAAACGCCGUCGCAUCAGCCCCGGGACCGAGCAAACCGCUGGACUCGUCUGAACGCAAAAACCCUUAUCCGCCCUCUAGCGACGUUCCAGCCGACAUACCUCUUCAAGGAGGACAGACCUCUAGUCCGGCGCGCGAAGGUGAUUUGAAGCGAGCCGGAAAUCAGCUUAAUAUCGACAUGUUCCGACAGAAUUCGGAGCGAUCAGCAGCGGACAAUAUGAGAGUUUUGGUGGAGGACUAUGGGGUUUCUCCGGACAGGGUCAAUGAGCUUUUACAUGAAUUGCCGCAGCAGAGAUACAUGGAUCUCUUGAUCGACACCUACUUCCAGUCCAUAAAUUGGACGCGAUAUCCACUUCUACAACGCGAUUUCAGAGCAUCCUAUGUUUCGUUGUGUUCAAACGCCCCGAAUGUCAAACCCACCGAUGUCAAAUUUCUUCCCCUUCUGUUCGUCAUUCUCGCAAUUGCCGUGCGACUUGCCCCGGAGUCUGUCGCCGGCGACGCUAGAACGAGACGGAUUACCUCCCAACGUUUUUACUGGUCAUCUCGUCGUUCGCUCCUCAUCGCAGUUGCUGUACAGCCGGAUAGCCUAGAGGUCAUCCUCGUUCGGCUUUUGAGCACACGCUUUCUCACCUUCGAUAGACGUAUAACUGAAUGCUGGAGCCAACUUGGAGCUGCUGUUCGGACUGCACAAGCGCUUGGUCUCCAUAGGGAUAGCGGGUCCAUGAACAUCGAUCCGGUUCAAGUGGAAUAUCGGCGACGCAUAUGGGCAUAUCUCUAUCAUGCAGACCGUAGCUACGCCCUCGUUCUUGGAAGGCCGAACGCGAUCCAAGACGACUAUACGUCGACGCUACCUCCAUCGAAUGUCGAAGACGACUUCUCCAUUGCCCAGAUACAGAAACCGCCUCCCUUGUCGCAUCCAACCAGCACGACAUUCGUGAUCCUCAGACACGCUCUCGCCGCAAUCAUUGGCCGCAUGGUGCACCAUUUCCAGCAGGUUCGCACCCGCAGUCACUAUUCCGACGUCCUAACCCUCGACGAUGAGCUACUGCACUUCAUCAGCACGCUCCCUCCCCACUAUUCCUUGGACCCCGAUACCUCCCUUGACGAAACGCUACCCUACAUACCCGUCCACCGAUACCUCCUCAUCACCGAGAUACUCUUUGUCAGAAUCAGCCUACAUCGACCAUACUUGCUACGCAAGCUCGGUUCUGACCGUUACGCCCGUUCUCGAAAGGCGUGCUUUGAGAGCGCGAAGAAAGACUUCCGCGUGCGCCAGGCCUUCCGCGCUUCCAGACCACAGGGAACGAACGAUCCGCACAGCAACGCGUAUCGAGAAUUUCAGACUGCGAUGAUCAGCGGGAUUUACUUGGUGCUCGAACCGAACGGAAUAGACGCGCCUGAGAUGCACUCUAUCCUCGAUGGGUUCCUCAAGGACCACGAGAAUCGAGACGAGCUGGAUGAGACGACCCGCCGAGAGAUCAAGAUCAUCGAGUUUUUGAAGACGAAAUCGACCGAGGACCCUCGCGAGGAUGCCUCCACCAUUCCCGUCGAUCCAGCCCUUGGAGGUUCUGCGACUGAUGCGCAGCUUCUACUCGAACUUCGCUCGCGUCCGUCCAGUACCGCUCCCCCACAACCAUCGCGCGCCGCUUUUACGCCGUUGGCGCUCGACACGUCGUCGUCGGUGACGACGCCACAGAUGACUCCUGCGACUCCAUACCCCAACGGUCACGCCGUGUACGCCGCACCGGGAAGCGCACAUUCGCCCACCAUUCGCCGCCUACAGGCGCAGCCGAUGCUGUCUGAUGCAUAUCACUCCCCAUCCAAUACAGGUAGCCCCGGAGGUGACGACGAAUCGUCCGCGGCGCAGUCUCUCCUCGACCAUUGGGUGAACACCGUGAACGGCGCGGCGGGCGAGGUCGCCAUGGGCAUGAGCGGGGUGUCCUGGCCAGGUGUAGACUACCCUACUUGGCUCCCGAAUCCUCCCUUGCAGCCCAGUGAACCCAUCACUGGCUUUGAUGGCUCAGAUUGGGGCUACUGGGAGGCGUUGGUGAACCAAAUCAAACAAUCUUGAAGCUUGGAUGUUCCUUUUUAUUAUCUUUCGAUCUUCUAUUUGUUGUUGUAUGGCACAUGCAAUGUA